GGAUCCGCUCCGGGAUCAGGCUCUGCCCACGCGGUCGCGUCGCUUUUGUGCAUGAAGGAGUCGGGUGGAUGAGACAGCGGGUCCCGGAGACACAAAGACACGGGGACAAGGAGACUCAGGGACACAGAGACACGAGGGCGAGCGAGAGGGAAUUCGAACGGCGCGGCUCCACGCGGGCGAUCGUGCCGCCAUGUCGCCUUUGGCGACCGCCGGCCAGGCGUGCCCCCCGCCGGACGGGGGCUGGGGCUGGGCCGUGGUCGUGGGAGCCUUCAUCUCCAUCGGCUUCUCGUACGCCUUCCCCAAGGCGAUCACCGUCUUCUUCAGCGAGAUCCAGGAGAUCUUCCAGACGACAUACAGCGAGAUCGCGUGGAUCUCCUCCAUCAUGCUGGCCAUCAUGUACGCGGGUGGCCCGGUGAGCAGCAUUCUGGUGAACCGCUAUGGCAGCCGGCCUGUGGUGGUGGCGGGCGGCGUGCUGGCUGGCACUGGCAUGGUGCUCGCCUCGUUCUGCACCUCCAUCCUACAGCUCUACUUCUGCAUCGGGGUCAUCGGGGGCUUCGGCCUCGCCAUGAACCUGCAGCCAGCGCUCACCAUCAUCGGCAAGUACUUCUACAAGAAGCGGCCGAUCGCCAACGGACUGGCGAUGGCCGGGAGCCCCGUGAUGCUCAGCACCCUCGCGCCCCUCAACCAGUUGCUGCUCAACAACUUCGGCUGGAGGGGCAGCUUCAUGAUCCUGGGGGGACUGCUGCUCAACUGCUGCGUGGCCGGCGCCCUCAUGCGCCCCGUGAAGCCGCCGCCAUCCGCGCCGGCGGCCCUGACCGCGACGGAGUCUGCGACGGAAGUGGCCACGGAGAACGCCACGACUCCGCCGCCGCCGCCCGUGCCCGCUGACACGGCGAACCCGCAGGCCGUGAGCCUGCUGUCCGGACAGCCGGCAAAGCCCAAGGAGGGAUUCCUGCAGCGCUUCAAGGAGCUGCUCGACCUGACGCUCUUCAAGCACCGCGGCUUCCUCAUCUACCUCUCGGGAAACGUCGUCAUGUUCCUCGGGUUCUUCUCGCCCAUCGUGUUCCUGGCGCCGUACGCUCGCCACAUGGGCAUCGAGAAGUACUCGGCCGCCUUCCUGCUCACCAUCCUGGCCAUCGUGGACAUGGUGUGCCGCCCCACCUGUGGCCUCAUUGCCAACUCGCGCUGGAUUCGGCCAAGGAUCCAGUACUUUUUCAGCUUCGCGGUGAUCUUCAACGGCGUGUGCCACAUGCUGUGCCCGCUGGCGAGCGACUACGGCGGCCUGGUGGCGUACUCGGUGUUCUUUGGCAUGGCAUUCGGCAUGGUGAGCUCCGUGCUCUUCGAGACGCUCAUGGACCUGGUGGGGGCGCAGCGCUUCUCCAGCGCCGUGGGCCUCGUCACCAUCGUCGAGUGCUGCCCCGUGCUGCUCGGUCCGCCUAUCGGAGGCUGGCUGGUGGACGUGACGGGCGACUACAAGUACAUGUACUUCGUGUGCGGCGCCAUCGUCAUCACGGCCGGCAUCUACCUCUUCAUCGCCAACGCCAUCAACUACCGCAUGGUGGAUCGCGAGGCGGCGGCCGAGGCGGCGCGCAACGGGCGGGGGGUGGAGGGGCUUGAGCUGGGCCCCGAGCCCCUCCCCUCGUCCCUCCCCUCGCCCCAGGGCAGCGACGAAGGCACCGGCAAAACCCCCAACGGCGUGGAGGGCGGUGCCGAGUAAACGCGCCGCGGAACCCCCAGUCGCGCCGAGCAGAAUAGCGAGGUUCACCGAUUUCACUAAAACCGCUCGCUCACUCGGUCACUCGCUCGCUCGCUCGCUCACUCGCUCGCUUGCGUGCAGUCAGGUUCUCUCAGCAAUGAGCAGCGGUAGGAGGUUUAUUGUUUUAAAUGCCUUGGUCUAAGCGGUUGCACUAAACCACUUUGUUUUAUUUUGCGUAAGAAGGAACCUAAUGCUGGUUCCUGGAGCGGGGUCUCUGGGCGUUGCGCUCUGACAUCGGUGGCGUCGCCCAACGCUGAGGUCAACUUAGCCAACAAAGGCAAUCGGCUGCUGUCCUCGUAAAUCAUGAAACUCCACUGACCAUCUGUGGUCUUGCGUCCCUGUAAAUAAAACUCAAACCCUUAGCGCCCAAACGCCUCGGUCCCAUGGCAGGGUCCCUGCCCUCCACGAGACAACCACGGUUGGCUUCCCACUCAGUGGUUCCGAUCGUUUUAUUGCCCCAAGGGGGCGAUGGAGCUUCACGCACCCACCACGUGUGGAGUCUCCGGUCUCCGCGUGCCCUCCCCCUCAGCACUGCGUAUACACAGAUAAGGCACACGUGCGGUUUCUGUGUGUGUCUGUCAUCGUGUGAAUAUAUACACGAGCCCAGAAGACGUGUAACAAUUCGGACUUGUAACAGAAGCUGUGUGUAUGCAUGCGUGUGUGUGUGUAUACAUACAAAGAUAUGCAAAUACGGAUGUUAUUUAUGCAUCUGUAGCAUUACUGUAACACAGUUAUAAAUAUGUAUGUAAUACAUAUGACGUGUUCCAUUGCGCACCCGCGCACAAAGAGCCCACGGUGGUCCGCGUAGACCGCUGCGGCAGGCAGGGGCUGUUGGCUGGCGCCCGUUGGGGCCGGCGUAGCGUGCACGCCGGCGUAGCGUGCACGCCGGCGUAGCGUGCACGCCGGCGUGGGAAGACGACCGCACCGCCGGCGCCCUAUGUCACCCGGCCCGCGCCAGCUCCUCCGUUGAGGCCGAGUCAACCCAAGGGAAGUCUCGACCGCCUCAAGGCACCGUUUGUCUCCAGUCGACGCUGUGGGCUGCAGGCGGGGUCGCCGGGGGCCGUAACGCUGUGGGCUGCGGCCAAGCCGCGGUCGCUGGUUGCCGUGACGCUUUGCGAGCCGCGUGCCGGAAGCCACCGCCAGGGCCACUGGGGGGGACGUUCGUCGGCACUCGAGUCUCGGUGUCACCCCAUCGGGAGCUGCAGAGUCGGUCAUCGUCAUUGACACGAAGAAGGAAAGAACUUGCUUUAAAACAAUAUAAACCGUCGUUUAUUUGAUGCGUUUAUAUAUUUUAAACAAUUAAUUUCCACUUGUAUACGAAUGCAAAGUUACAACAGUUUUACUGAAGUUCAUUUAAUACGGUAAUUUAUUUUGCUGUUGAUAUUGUUAGAGGUGAUGGUUUGGCUUCUGCAUCGAUGGAAAGCUUAACCCGUUUCGUAUUCUUGACGAGAUGGUGCACGUACCAGCAGGGCAGGGUUGGUGGAUUGCAACGGGAGCUAAGCCAUGUGACGUAUCGAGCUGCUGAUAAACAGGUGUUGUCUGUAAUGGGGGCAGCACAGCAAGUAGGCUGUUGCCCACAGCGGCCAGCUUUGCGGAAUUGAGUUACAUGUAUUUCACAUUUUUGAGUUCUCCGGGUACUUUUUAAUUCAUGUGUACCUUAUAUCCACAGUGAAUGCUAUAAAGCUAUAAAAUAAUUACGCAGACAUUACGCAUCCUUCCCCUCUCCGCCCCUCCGCGUAAAUGUUUGAGUAUUUUUUUUUCCUCUUCCCAUCAACCACAUGGCCUGAGAGUGCCUAAACUUAGCAGCACAAGUCCAAUACGAGCAAAUUCUGGACCGGUUUCAACAUGCAGUGUAAACAUUUGCAGCAGGACAGAAACGUGCGAGGGAUGCAUUUUGCCUGCUUGGUUAUUUCGUCACCUAUAUUCUGCAUAACAGCGCUAUUGAUUAUUUUGUGAUAUGGAUGAUUUAUUAAUGCCUUCUCGCGUCACAUGGGCACGUUAGAAAAUGUGUUACUUCGACUCUCGUGCGACCUCAUCGAGGAAACGUCACGCUUUACUUUAUUACUUUGUAAGUCGCGCUGUGCCCCAGCGCGCGGUGGCACCGGCGUUUGGGCAAUCGUGGCCCGGCUGGAACCGCCCCGCUGUGGCCGGUGCCCGCCGAGUCGGCGACGCAGCGACCUGCGUUGUGCUGCUCCCGCGCAGUGUUCGCGUGUCACGGAUGCAACCGGCGCACAGAGAAAUGUACAGGUCCCAGCGUGAACCCUGUCGUCCCUCGGCAGCCCACGUUCGCUGCCGUUUGCGCUAUAAAACGUGCGCGUUGCUUGAGGCUAAGAGACUGCGAAGAGUGGCCCGGUGCAUGGGUUUGGCGUUGUGAGAAGGUCCGGUGUGGUGUUCCAACGUGUACCGGCCCGGUGCAACCACUUGGGUGCGGUUGUCGAUAUGACGUAAACGGGACCGCUGGAUCUUUGGUACAUAGGAGAGGAUCUUCUGUUGGUGGUAUGGCCAGGACACGGUUCGGUUGGCUGGGCAGCAGAGCUCCUGGACAAUGUCAGUCUUGAUUUGAAGCUUUCGUGACUGCAGGAAUCCAUACUCUUUGGUUCUUUCGGUAAAGUCACGUAGUUAGAAAAAAUGUUUUUUUAAAUUUUAUUUCUAACUACGUGACCUUACCGAAAGAACCAAAGAGUAAUGUCAGGCUUGCUUAGUCAAAUCAUCCUCGUCACCAUCGUCGUCAUCAUCAUCAUCACCCUCGUCGUCGUGUUGGAGUUGGUAAAAUGAGCUCGCAACCUUGAGACAUUGAGCCUAUCACUCUUCCCACAUCGCCUGUGUGAGACGAAUGGCCAGCCGGCUUUAGUCACCAUGGUGAUAUAGCAACUGGUAACAAUCCACAUUCCUUUGUCAAUCCCCUGCUGGGUGAAGGCCUCCCUGUGGCACGUCGGCUGUAGGGUUGUUUGACCAUACGUCACCACUGCUCGGACUGAGCACUGGACUCAGGUCUCCGGGUUCACGGUGCACUUGCCACUGCGCGAACCGCUGCACCAUCAGACCUGUGAUGCGAAAUCAACCGUGGGUUUCGUCCUUAUUAUGUGUCAUCAGUGCGGCAACAAGCCCCUGCUGCACUGAUGACAACAACGAACUAUCUUCCACUUUAUCAGGGGAGUUGUCAGCACGGUGUGGUACCGUCACAACGGCGUGAUGGUCGCUUUUGUACAAAACCCUUUGAAUCCGGGGGGGGGGGGGUGGAGAGAGAGACACGGCACCGGCGUGUGGCCGGUCGGACCGUCUCUCGGACCGGGCAACGUGGCGGAGCCCACAGCUCUUCCGCCGCGCAAGCCGGGUCAUCCCGGCGGUGGAGGGUUCGUAGGCCGAGCUUCCAGAGCCACCGCCGCUCUCACCCCGAUUUAGAGAUGCAAACUCCUACCAAAGAGGACAGAGGACUCGCGAUCGUGUAUCCGUGUCUCAGGACGGCAGAGAAAAAAACACGACGAUGCCACAAAACUUGUUUUCGGAGUCGUGUACUGUACCUUCCUUCCUCAGUGUUAAACAAAAAAAACAAAAGCGUACUCAUGUUUCUUUUAGUUGUCUGCGCUAGUUAGUACGCGACUCGCCUCGUAGCUUAAAUGCAGUGGGAACGCGCAUUGUUACUCGCGGCAGUGUUAAUGUUGGCAGGGCCGGUGCCGAGCGGGGGGCGUGUGGCGGUGCGUGCGGGAGGACCUGGAGACAAAGGCGGCCGGGCGUGGUGCUGGCCACCCACCCCAUCGUGUGCCGUGCCGGCCUUCAUAGGUGCUACUCGCUAACAGCACAGUGCCACUGCCAAGGGACAACGCCACUGCUUGUUGUUUGGCAUCCCUGUUGUUUUGUAUGAUUUUUGUUUACACAUUUCCCUUUCAUCCCCGAUGCUAUAGAAGUAUUUGUGAAAAUAAAUGAAUACAAAUGGAAAAUUUA